GAGAGAGAGAGAGAGAGAGAGAGAGAGAGAGAGAGAGAGAGAGAAACACACACAGCCGGCACAGAUGUUUUCCCAUUAGACGUGCAGCACACAGAGAGCAGGAGGAGUUGAGCCUGAUGAAGAAGCUGUGAUCUUCACUGCCUGUGGACCUUCCUACGCUGGUUCUGCUUUGGUCUUAGCACCCCAGAGGCAUUCUUCACCUUUUGGAUUACUGUGUGUGCGUGUGCGUGUGUGUGUGUGCGUGUGUGUGUGUGUGUGCGUGUGUGCGUGUGCGUGUGCGUGUGUGUGUGUGUGUGUGUGUGUGUGUGUGUGUGUGUGUGUGUGUGUGUGUGUGUGUGUGUGUGUGUGUGUGUGUGUGUGUGUGGAGAAGGUGAAGGAAGGAGUGGGCAUCACACGUUACCUCAUUUAUCCAUUGAUGCCAAAGAUGAGUUAAGAUGACGAUCCACAAUGUCAUUGAUGAGAUCAUGCAGCAGGAGAUCAGGCCCCUGCUGGCUAUGGACAUCAUCGAGCAGCUGCAUCGCCAGUUUGCCAUGCUGUCAGGAGGGCGGGGCAAAGAUGGGGCCCCCAUUAUCACGUUCCCAGAGUACACCGAUUUUACCGAUCUGCCUGAUGAGGACUUCCUAAAUGUGGUCACCUAUCUGACAAGCAUUCCCAGCCUGGACGCCGCCAGCAUCGGCUUCGUGAUCAUCAUUGACAGAAGGAAGGACAAGUGGACGUCUGUCAAGGCCUCCCUCACAAGGAUAGCUGGAGCGUUUCCUGGGAAUCUCCAGCUUGUGCUGGUGUUGAGGCCGUCCCGGUUCCUGCAGAGAACCAUAGCCGACAUUGGCAUCAAGAUGCACAGGGACGACUUUAAAAUGAAGGUACCGAUCGUAAUGCUCAACUCGCUGUCAGACCUGCACGGCUAUGUGGAUAAGUGCCAGCUGACCUGUGAGCUCGGAGGAAGUCUGGACUACUGCCACAGUCAGUGGAUCCACCACCGCACGGCUAUCGAGAACUUUGCAGUGACGGUGAAGACCACAGCCAAGAUGCUGCAGAAGUUUGGCACGGACCUGGCCGAAACAGAGCUGCCCAAUGACGUACCGUGCACCAAGGAGCUCCUGACCGCACACACCGAGAAACACACCACGCUCAAGGAUGAAUUGAAACUAGCACUAAAGCAGGGAACGACAUUGCUAGGUUGUAUAAAGGAACAGUCGGCCAAAUCAGAGAGCCACAAACUCAACCCAGACGAAAUAGAGAACCAGACCACCGUAGAAAGGCUGUUAGCCCAGCUGGACGAGACAGAAAAUGCCUUUGAGCAGUUCUGGUCAAAACACCAUCUGAAACUGGAACAGUGUUUGCAGUUGCGACACUUUGAACAGGACUACAGAGAGGUCAAAUUAUCCUUGGACAGUUUAUUGGAAGCGCUUAAUGGCCUUACAGAUAACGGGGAUUGUGUGGCAAGAGUGGAAUAUCUGCUGAAGGAACUGAAGUCUUUAGAAGAAAAGGCCAAGGCCACGGUGGAGGAGGCCCACCUCCACGCCUCCCACGGCGACCAGCUGAUCCAGAGCAACCACUACGCCGUAGACUCCAUCAGGCCCAAGUGCGUGGAGCUGCGACGCGUCUGCGAUGACUUCAGCAACGAGGCCCGCAAGAAGACGGACGUCUUGUCCAAGUCGCUGCAGAUCCACCGGGGCAUCGAUAAGGUGAACCAGUGGUGUGAGGCCGGUGUUUUCCUGCUGGCGUCCCAGGCCGUGGACAAGUGUCAGUUGCAAGAAGGGGCGGAGUCAGGGCUGGUGGACAUCGAGCGCUUCCAGGAGACAGCCAACGAGAAGCAGCUGACAGAGCUCCGGAACAUCCACAACCAGUACGAGAUGGUGCUCUCAGAAGACAUCAAGGCCAGUGUGCUGAAGGCCUUGAAGAGACUGGAGGACGUCCAAGAGAUGUUCGAGAAGCGACACGUUAGUCUAAAGAAGCUGUCGGCCAAACAGACCAGGCCUGUGCAGCCCGUGGCCCCGCGGCCCGAGUCUUCCCCUAAGAGACCCCCCCUAAAGAACCAAUCCAGGACCCCAGUGGCCCCACAGUCUCUCGCCCGCAGAGUGUCAGAGAACACAAACAGCAGCAAGCAGCCAGCCGAGGCAGACCUCAACAAGAAAAAGAACAUACGCAAGGCAAAGGGAGGCCUCAAGAUUGAGGUGAUGCAUGAAGCAAGCCAGGGGGGUUCCACGCACGUUGUCCCUUCUGCAGAGACCGAAGAGAGCCUCUCGAACAGACGCAGACACAUCAUGACAGAGCUGAUUGAAACCGAGCGGCUGUAUGUUGAAGAAUUACAAAGCAUCAUGGAGGGCUACUUUUCCGAGCUGGAUAACUCUGAGCUCAGCCACCUCAUCCCUCCCUCGCUGGAGAACAAGCGGGAUGUGUUGUUCGGCAACCUGCCAGAGAUUUAUGAAUUCCACAAUAGGACGUUUCUGAAGGAGCUGGAGAACUGUGAAGAGAAGCCAGAGUUGGUUGGGACCUGCUUUCUGAAAAGGAAAGAAGAGCUUCAGGUGUAUGAGAAGUAUUGCCAGAAUAAACCACGAUCAGAGGUCCUCUGGAGGCAGUGUGGAGACAGUCUAUUCUUUCAGGAGUGUCAGAAGAAGCUGGAUCACAAGCUCUCGCUGGAUGCGUAUCUACUGAAGCCGGUGCAGCGCAUCACAAAAUACCAGCUCCUGCUAAAGGAGAUGCUGAAGUGCAGCAAGGGGGAGGGCACGGUGGAGCUGGAGGAGGCCCUAGCCACCAUGCUGGACAUCAUCAAAUCCGUCAACGACUCCAUGCACCAGAUCGCCAUCACAGGCUUUGAGGGGAACCUGAGCGAGCUGGGCAAGCUGCUAAUGCAGGGUUCCUUCAACGUCUGGACGGACCACAAGAGGGGCCACAGCAAGGUGAAGGACCUCGCCAGAUUCAAGCCCAUGCAGAGACACUUGUUCCUGUACCACAAGAUGCUGCUGUUCUGCAAGAAGAGAGAGGAGACCAUCGAUGGACAUGACAAGACCCCGUCCUACGGCUUCAAACACACCCUCAAGAUGAGUAGUGUGGGAAUCACAGAGAAUGUGAAAGGUGACAUCAAGAAGUUUGAGGUGUGGUACAACGGCAGGGAGGAGGUCUACAUUAUCCAGGCUUCCUCUAUGGAUGUGAAAAAUAUGUGGGUGUCGGAGAUCCGUAAAGUUCUGACAGGCCAGCUUGAGGCGUGCAGAGAAGCCAGCCAACUUCACCAGAAAAUCCCGGAUAACAUCUACAGCGCCCCCAUGAGGAACGUGCGAAAGGUGGCACUGCGACAGUCUGAUUCGUCGAGUCCAGAGUCGGGCUUCAGGAGGAACAACCCGAGCCCUAACAUGAGACAGAAACGAGCCGAUGCUUCGGCCAGCCAAUCGGGCGCUGCAAAUGCUAGGAAGCGCUUCACUUUGCAAGGGUUGGCUAAUAGGAGGUCCCUUCCCGCAGAGCCCGCCUCCAAGGAAAUGGAAGCCCCUCGCCGCUUCUCCCUCGCCUCUUCCCUUGCCUCCUCUUGCUCCUCCACCUCCUCCUCCUUUGCCGCUCGACGCACAAAAGGUCCGCUCUCAGCUGGCAUAAAGAACAAGAGACAUGAGAUAAAGAGCGAUCCAACCCCGUUUGGUUACGAAGACACGCUGCGUGGCACUAUCGGCGUCAUCCGGAAGCGUCAGAGCGUCAUCGGCGCCGACACCAAGUCGCACUGCCACACCGUCCCGGUGCCCAGGUCCACCUCCCAGCCAGGCUGGAACCAGAAGUGCCUUCGGUCCACGGACAACGAGGACUUCGAGCCCAUCCCCUCCAGCGCCGAGGAGCUGUCCAAUUCCUCCGAAGAGGAAGGCAGCAACAAAAAUAGCGACAGCGUGCGUUUCCGGGUGCAGCUGACCUACGAGUCGUGUGCCGCCAAGGACCUGUCCCUGGAGUCAGGUGACCUGGUGCAGUUCCUCGAGGAGGCGGAGAACGGACACUGGCUAGUCAAGAAGCUUCUAACAGAGGAGACGGGGCUGGUCCCGGCCAGCAUCCUGCAGUCAGCAGCGGAAGGAGAUAUCUUCAGUGACCUGUGCACAGCGGCGCUGUCUGACUCGGAUGAUAACGAAGCAAGUACCUGGGGUGACGUCUCUCAGGACAGCUGAUUGGCCACUAAAAUAUGAUGAUGAUGAUGAUGAUGACUCAGACCAUGGCCAUGACGAUGCAAAUCGAGAGUCCAUGUUGGGAUGGCAAGCUGCUGGAUAGUUUUUACAAAUUGUUAUUCUUACUGCUGGACACAGUUAUUUUCAUCAUUUCUCCUAACUAUGGAUCUCCCGAGACUUUUGAUUUUGUUUUGUGUUUUUUUAUUACGUUUGAUUCAUUGAACACUGAACUUUUCGGGCGAAUAGGGGUGCAAAGCUCCGGCCUGCAAUGAAACCAAAUCAAAACCCUAAAAUCAAGCAUUAUCUCAUGUUACACGCUUAUGGAGAAACAAAACGUGCAGGGGAUUAUGGUUUUUUGUACUGUUUUUAAACUGUCAAAUCCCAUGAGACAUUUAAGAAAGAAAUAAGUUGAAUUCACUUUUUCUAGACAUUCUCUUGUUAGUCCUGAAUUGCACUGAAAAAAGAAAAGGCCUAGCAUUAUUUGAGAGUGCAUGCGUCUCCCUGCCUUUGUGCUGCACUGCUUUCGCUACUUAGGGGCUUUGAGGUCCUCGCAACACACGUAUACAUGGGGCAAGUGGUAAAAAGACACAGGUAUAGAGAAGAUGCUGUACAUCAUUUGCAGCUCGGACUGCUCGCCUUAUUGAAGCCGAAUGCAUGACCCCGGUCCCAUUUGGAACUCAUCUGCAACAUUGUUGACAGGAUAACUGGACUUUCAAACAAAAACUAACAACGAAGAAUGAGACGAAUGAUGCACAAGACAACAUGUCACAUUUUUACACUCUUGUUUUGUGAGUGUUGCAACAGUAUAGCAAACUGGCUACCAGAUAUUGGUUGACUUUCAUAAAUAAUGCAGAUGGUUGUUGGGCAAAAAAAAAACCUGUGCUAGAAUACUUGCAGUUGCUCUGGUGGCCUGCCUUGCAGCAGUCGCUUGAUAUUGCUUUGUCUUUUAAUGAUAGGACUAAUAGGGAUUUAAAGCCUAAGCAGUAGCAAGUGUUAUUAUUUCACUAAUACUAUCGUUGUUGCUUGUCUUAUCCAUCUGUUUUGCACCAUGUUGAGCUGAUAAUGAGGAUUUAACACAAGCUCCUGUCCACAACACCUAGUCAUCCCUUUUUAACUGAAUACUUCAGUACACCUACCAUCACAACUGAAUGUAUUAAUUGAACCCAAUGUCCUUCCCAUCCGCCGGGCUUAUUGCUAUUGGAUUAGACAGAGCCAGGGGAGGUCCUCCUUGUCCCUCUGACACUGCUACUGGAGGUUACCUGCUGGUGGGUUGAUUGAGGCUUGAUGGAGAAAAACCCACACUUAUAUUAAAUGCCAUUUUAGUUAGGUUAUUAUCAGUGACUGGGAGAGGGGAUACAAUGCAAUGCCAAAUUGACCAUGUUAAAGCUUUUGCUUCCUAUAUGAUUACCUUUGCUAAUUUUUUUCAACAACCUUUCAAUGUCUUUUUGCACAUUUGGUGAUGGAAGGAACCAAACGCGCCCAGGCCCUGUUGUUUUCCAUCUGAAAUGAAGUAUGAGACAAUAUCGGGCGCUGACCAAAAUAUCAGUAAUAGAAUCUGGUUCUGUGGAAAGUGUUAAUAUUAGCAUCAACUGUUGCCCAUAUGUUUCCCACGCUGGCAUUGCUCCAUGGUGGAGGCUAUCGGGAGUAGACGCGUCCAUUCAAGUGCUCUGUGUUUGGUCACAACCCCCUGGAGAUCAACAUCGUGUGGCAGCUUCACAACACCGCUAUGUUCACCGACCAGCCACCAGAGACCAAUACUUCAAGGCUUGGCUAUUCAGAUUGGUAUUCAGUUUGUUGCCAUGGUGAUACUGCAAUAUUACUCAGAGAGAUAUUCAUAUUUCUUUGCUCUGUGUGGGCUGUAUUUUUUUGUUUUUGUCGUGGGGGGGGAUAACAACAUUGAUAGGAAAUAUGUAAAUAUAUUUCAGUUUCUCUGAUAGAGCAGUGCGCCCUUUCUGGUUAAUGGACAUAAACACACUCUCCAUCCGAGACAAGCUUGAUUGUAUUUUCACCUUGAAACUCCUUAAAGCUCCCCCGAAGUGGUGGUGUAUCUCACCUCAGGCUGGACCUGUUUACAUGAACAGGAAGUCUGAGUACCGCAGGAAGGCAGGCUAUAGUCAGCCCUGCUUAUGUCCACACUCUAGUGUCUCCUAGUAAAAUACUGAUUUGGCACACAUCUAUCCAUGCAAUGCACUCAAUAUAGGAUAUUCAUUGUAUAUCCAACAUAUAGGAUUCCUUGGACAAAUAGAGGUUUUUAAGAUGGUUCAUUGGAUAACUGUCUAAAUGUAUUCCUGUAUUUGUGUCUCUUUUGACAAUGACACGCUGUUAUUAAAUGAAGAAAUCUGCAUCCUUUGCUACUGAGAAGCCAUCCAAAUCAUGUUGAAGAAUAGGUGAGAUCCUUGGAUGCAUUUACAUGAGGAAGAUGAUAUUUAAAAUCAUGUUUAUAAGAAAUAGUUCACUCUUCAAAUGUGUAACACAAAUUCAUUUUGGAUUGCUAUUAUCUGUAUCAGAGGGUAGCAGUCUUGUCAAGGUCUCAUACUAUUAACAAAUACUUGGUUUGACUGUAGCAAAGUACAAGCAUUGAACAUAUUGUAUAUUUUCUGUAUUUUAACUUCAAUGAGUCUUACUCAAAGUCUUUGUAAAGUAAAGAAUUCUGUAUCAUGCAUUCUGUUGUAAUUUUACUCCUAUAUGUUAUAAGAUGUAUCAAUGAAACUGUAUAAAGAACUAUUAUUGUCAUGGGUAUUACAUCACAGACUCUGCAUUUCCUUAUAACAGUACACGCAUGACAUUUGCAAUUUAUGUCUGUUGUCUUUGCUCAAACCAAAUGCAUUACAAUUUAACCUAUGUGAUCAAAUAUUCAGUGGUAGCUGUUUUUCAUUCAUUUUUCAUGACUGUUUUGACCUUUAUAAAGAUAUUUGAUGUUUCAUCCUUACAAAGGAUAAAAGUGUUGUAUUCAAUAAAUGAUUCACUCAUA